GGAGAGCCAAAAGGCAGUAAAGUUUAUAGAAGAAAGAGAUACAGAUAUAUAAUAAUAAUAAUAAUAAUAAGAAUCAAAUCCAAAGUUUGACUGGACCCCCUAAAAAUUGAGAAAAAAUGGAAAAUUUUUGGAGGGAGAGAGAGAGAGAGGGUGGCAAUAGCAUGGCAUCUCUCCCUCAAUUUCCUCUUGCUUGCCUCUCUAUCUAAUAUCUAUCUCUCUUUCUUUAUAGUUUCUUGUAUUCUUUAAUUCUAUUCUCUCUCUCUCUCUCUCUCUCAUUGAUGUCACUUUACUUGGUCUAUUAGGACUCCUCUUUCUCUUUCUUUCCUUGGUUUGUGCCAAUAUUUCCUCCUGCUUCUUCUUCUUCAAUAAUUCUUCAUACCUUUUGCCUAAACCAGUACUAGUACUGCUUUGAUGCAGCAGAAUUAACAAGGUCUGUUGUUACUGCUGUUGUUUCUGCUGCUGCUGCAAAAGACAAGAAAAAAGAAAACAACUUUGAGUCGGAACAAGUCACUUACUCUUCUGGGUCCAAUCUGAAAUUUGUAUUACUAUAUCAAUUUUUUGUCUCUUUAAAAAAAACUUCAUCUGUUGCUUUUAUUGUUGUUUUUUUUUGUUUGGUGCUGGUGUUAUUGUCCACUCGUGGAACCUAAAUUCAAGUACGAAGGUUUUUUUUUUUUUUUUUUUCUGAAGAGUGACAACCGACAGUUCUGCAACAUUACAUUACAUCGUAUCAUCUCUCUCUUUCUUUCUUUAACGGAUUUUCUCUUAUUGUUUCUUGGACUUGUACUCCAACUUGUCACAACUCCACAACUGCCUCUUACAUCACUUAAUAACACCAGAUUUUGAAGCAAGAAAUCACGGCUACAUGUUUGCAAAGAUUAAACCCAGAAGAGUUGAAUUGAGAACAGAUCUAAAACUGAUAUGGAGCAGCAAAGGGGAAGAGGAAGAUUUGGGGUUUAUUCCUUAUAAUUCAACUGCAUAAAAAUAAAAGGAAAGAGCUUUGCCCCGGAGCAGAAAGAACUAUGAUGAGAACAAAAUAAGAUAUUUUUUUUUGGUUCAAUUGGGAUUAUAUUGUUGAAACAGAAAUUUGAGACAAGAAAAUGAAGAGAGAAUGGAAGAUGGUAUCACCAAAAGAUGGAAUCUAUAGCUUUGGUUGUUAUAUAUUGUUUCUGCUACUAAUCAUACCAUCACAAGCUAGAGAAUUGGCUUCAACACAAAGUAUCAGCAAUGAUGAAGUUGUGAGAUUGUUAGCUUUCAAGAAAUCCUCUGUUCAAUCUGAUCCCAAUAAGUCCUUAGCCAACUGGACUGCAAAUUCACCAACCUCAUGUUCAUGGUUUGGUGUUUCUUGCUCUCCUGAUGGCCAUGUGACCUCUCUCAACCUCAGUAGCGCUGGCCUCGUUGGCAGCCUGCACCUCCCUGACCUCACUGCUUUGCCAUCUCUAAAGCAUCUUAGUCUAAGUGGCAAUUAUUUCUCUGCUGGGGAUCUGUCUGCCUCUACUGCUACACCUUGUGUUCUUGAGACUAUUGACCUUUCCUCCAACAAUAUCUCUGACCCUCUUCCAGGAAAGUCUUUCCUUUCUUCUUGUAAUUAUUUGGCUUUUGUUAAUCUCUCUCACAAUUCUAUUCCUGGUGGAGUUCUUCAAUUUGGUCCUUCCCUACUUCAGCUUGAUCUUUCAGGAAAUCAGAUUUCUGAUUCUGCUUUCUUGACUCGUUCUCUUUCUAUCUGCCAGAACUUGAAUUACCUAAAUUUUUCUGGUAAUAAGCUGUCAGGAAAACUUAAUGUUACUCCUAUAUCUUGCAAGAGUAUCUCAGGCUUAGACCUUUCAAAUAAUCUGCUCUCUGGGGAGAUACCUACUAACUUUGUUGCAGACUCACCACCAUCUCUCAAGCAUCUGGAUCUUUCUUGCAAUAACUUAUCUGGUAGCUUCUCCAAUCUGGAGUUUGGGCACUGUAACAAUCUUACUUUACUCAGUUUGUCACAAAAUAGGCUUUCUGGAACUACGUUUCCAAAUAGUCUGAGCAACUGCCAAGUUUUGGAGACACUUGAUCUUUCCCGGAAUGAGUUGCAACUCAAGAUUCCUGGUGCCUUGUUAGGAAGUUUCAAGAUUUUGAGGCAGCUUUCUUUAGCAGGUAAUCAGUUGUUCGGCGAUAUUCCUUCUGAGUUAGGACAGGCCUGCGGAAGUCUUCAAGAGCUGGAUCUAUCAGCAAAUAAACUCACCGGUGGCUUGCCGAUGAAUUUCUUAUCAUGUUCUUCUUUGAGGAGCCUAAAUCUUGGAAACAAUAUGCUUUCUGGAGAUUUCCUCACUACUGUUGUCAGUAAUCUGCAGAAUCUGAAAUUUCUCUAUGUACCGUUCAACAACAUAACUGGUCCUGUGCCUUUGUCUCUGACAAAUUGUACUCAACUUGAAGUGCUUGACCUUAGCUCUAAUGGCUUUACUGGCAAUGUACCUUCUAUAUUCUGCUCGCCUUCAAAAUCCACUCAACUGCACAAGAUGCUUCUGGCUAACAAUUACCUGUCUGGGAAGGUGCCCUCAGAGCUUGGAAGCUGCAAAAACCUGAGGAGAAUUGAUCUUAGCUUCAACAAUUUGAAUGGUCCCAUUCCUCCAGAGAUUUGGACAUUGCCAAAUCUUUCCGACUUGGUUAUGUGGGCAAACAACCUCACGGGUGAAAUUCCAGAGGGCAUUUGUAGGAAAGGAGGAAACCUUGAGACUUUGAUUCUCAACAACAAUCUCCUCACUGGAAGCCUUCCACAGUCCAUUGGCAGUUGCACCAGUAUGAUUUGGAUUUCAGUUUCCAGCAACCAGCUUACUGGAGAAAUUCCUUCUAGUAUUGGUAAUCUCGUUAACCUCGCUAUACUCCAAAUGGGUAACAAUUCACUCUCUGGACAAAUACCACCUGAGCUUGGCAAGUGUAGAAGCCUCAUCUGGCUUGACUUGAACAGCAACGACCUUUCUGGUUCUCUACCACCUGAACUUGCAGACCAAACUGGCCUAAUAAUUCCUGGAAUUGUGUCAGGUAAGCAGUUUGCAUUUGUAAGAAAUGAAGGGGGGACUUCUUGCAGAGGAGCUGGAGGACUCGUUGAAUUUGAGGGAAUUCGAGCGGAGAGGCUGGAAAAUUUCCCAAUGGUCCACUCAUGUCCAACAACCAGAAUAUAUUCUGGCAGGACAGUUUACACAUUUACCAGCAAUGGCAGCAUGAUAUACCUUGAUCUCUCCUACAAUUCCCUGUCAGGAACUAUCCCUGAGAAUUUUGGUCUGAUGAGCUAUUUGCAGGUUCUGAACUUGGGGCACAACAAGCUAACUGGAAUUAUUCCUGACAGUUUUGGAGGAUUGAAAGAAAUUGGAGUUCUAGAUCUCUCUCACAAUGAUCUUAAAGGAUCUAUUCCGUCAUCUUUAGGGACGCUCUCAUUUCUUAGUGAUCUCGAUGUGUCCAAUAACAAUCUCUCUGGUCUCAUUCCUUCUGGCGGUCAGCUGACUACUUUCCCAGCAUCAAGAUAUGAAAACAAUUCUGGUCUUUGUGGGGUACCAUUGUCCCCAUGUGGAUCUGGGGCACGCCCACCAAGUUCUUAUCAUGGGGGAAAGAAGCAGUCUAUGGCAGCAGGUAUGGUCAUUGGCCUCUCAUUUUUUGUCUUGUGCAUCUUUGGCCUCACUUUAGCCCUAUACCGAGUGAAGAAGUUCCAGCAAAAGGAGGAACAGAGAGAAAAGUACAUCGAAAGCCUUCCAACUUCAGGUAGCAGCAGCUGGAAACUUUCAGGUGUUCCUGAGCCUCUUAGCAUAAACAUUGCCACAUUUGAAAAACCUCUUCGCAAGCUGACCUUUGCCCAUCUACUUGAAGCUACCAAUGGAUUUAGUGCUGACAGCUUGAUAGGGUCUGGAGGUUUUGGAGAGGUUUACAAGGCACAACUAAAAGAUGGCUGUGUUGUUGCAAUUAAGAAACUUAUUCAUGUUACAGGGCAAGGAGACAGAGAAUUUAUGGCAGAAAUGGAAACUAUUGGAAAAAUCAAGCACCGGAACCUGGUUCCUUUGCUGGGUUACUGUAAAGUAGGAGACGAGAGGCUGCUUGUAUAUGAGUACAUGAAAUGGGGAAGUCUGGAGGCUGUACUUCAUGAUAGGUCCAAAGGAGGCUGCUCAAGGCUCGACUGGACAGCAAGGAAGAAGAUUGCCAUAGGAUCAGCAAGAGGCCUUGCAUUCCUUCAUCACAGCUGCAUACCACAUAUUAUCCACCGUGACAUGAAGUCUAGCAAUGUUCUUCUAGAUGAAAAUUUUGAGGCCAGGGUGUCGGAUUUUGGCAUGGCACGAUUGGUGAACGCUCUUGACACACAUCUCAGCGUAAGCACACUUGCAGGAACUCCAGGUUAUGUUCCCCCUGAGUAUUAUCAGAGCUUCAGGUGCACAACAAAAGGGGAUGUCUACAGCUAUGGUGUCAUACUGCUUGAGCUCCUGUCAGGCAAGAAGCCAAUAGACCCAUCUGAGUUCGGCGAUGACAACAACCUUGUUGGAUGGGCGAAGCAGCUUCAUAGAGAAAAGAGAAAUAAUGAGAUACUGGAUUCUGAGUUAACAGCGCAGCAAUCUUGCGAGGCUGAAUUACAUCAGUAUCUGGGAAUUGCUUUUGAAUGCCUUGAUGACAGGCCUUUCAGGAGACCAACCAUGGUACAGGUAAUGGCCAUGUUCAAAGAGCUUCAGGUUGAUUCUGAAAAUGAUAUCCUGGACGGUUUGUCACUAAAAGAUGCAGUUAUUGAUGAAUUCAGAGAGAAAGAAUCUAGUUCAUGAUGAUCAAGUUUUGAUUGGAAUAGCUAGAAGGUUUUGUUCUUCGGGCCAGCUUGCUUCUGCCCAGGCAAAGGAUGAGGAUAUGGGGUUAUCCUUCAAAUAUCACCUACUGUAAAUAAUAGAAAACUCAAUUAGACAGAGAAAAGUUGCAGGAAAUGUGGAGAGAACAAAGUAAUGAGUCUUUGAUCGGUUUCUCAACAAUGGGUAACUUGCAUUUUUUAUUUUCUUUCUUACUUUUCUUUGGUCAUCAUGUCUGUUACUCGAGCCAUAAAACUUUGCUUCUUUUCCGUUACCUACUUUUAUCUGUCACAGUUUUGCUAACUGAUGUUUCGCUAUUUAUUUGUUAAGAUUCUUUUGCAAUUUCUGCUGUUUAUAGGAGUUUAGAAUUCAAGAAAUGAGGACAGUGUUUUUGUAAAUUUGUAGUAAUAGCAUUAUUAUUGAGAAGUAGAUCAUAAUUUUAUCA